UAAAACUGGAAAUAAAAAGGCUCUGGCAAAAUGCUAAGUACAGCAUUAUCUGGCUGACUCUCCACUACAGAGAUUCAAACUUUAAGGAAAUCUGAAUUAUGAGAGAAGAAACUGACAACUCUGUGAAACAGCAGGUCAUCAGUGUCUGGGUGCGGGACCCGCGGAUACAAAAGAAUGACUUUUGGCAUGCCUACAUAGACUAUGAAAUUUGUUUGCAUACCGACAGUGUGUGCUUCACCAAAAAGAUCUCCAGUGUGAGAAGGAGAUAUAGUGAGUUUGUGUGGCUCAGGCAAAAACUACAAGCAAACUCACUGCUAAUGGUUCAACUACCAGGGCUUCCCCCAAAGAAUCCCUUCUUCAGCCUGAACAAUGCCCAGCAGAUCACCGAGCGGAUGAAAGGGCUCCAGAAGUUUUUGGAACAGAUCCUCCAGAGCCCUCUGCUGCUGUCCGACAGUUGCUUGCACCUUUUCUUGCAAUCGGACCUCACUGUGUCCAAAAUAGAGGCCUGUGCUGCUGGAAGGACCCACUACUCUGUGGCCCAGGCGGUCCAAGCCUGCGGCCUGAGAAGAUUCCACUCCGAAGAAGAUCUGCAAAAGGACCUCAGAAUGUGCUGUGACUCUGACUCAGACAGCUCAGAGUGUAGAGAUCCAGAUCCUCAGAUUAAAGAUUUGGCAAUAAACAAAACAGAGAGUACAGCUUCACUUGAUCUCAUGGGAACCAGCCAGGAGGAAACCUCAGCUGCUCAUCUGGUUCGACAUGAAAACAUUGUCUUCAUGCUCAGCAUCCCAUUCAACCUUUCGGACCUGUGAAGAGGAAAAUUGCCUGUUACCUACUCACACUGCACUUUUGGCUGCGUAUUUGCUCCUAAUUAUUAUGUUCUCAUUCAGGCAUUUCAGUUUGGAACAUGUACAGUAAAUACAGUAACAGUAACAUAGUACCAAACAUGAAUGUGUCUAUACAGUGAUGUUUAACAGUAUGUUCUGUCUGCAAAGCUAUACAGUGGUAGCAACAAUUUGCCUGAAGAUGGCAGUGUUGUUACAUCCAUCUGUUUGUGUCUGCUGUGACUGUCUAUAUUUACUUUAUAAACAAACUCAACAGAAGCAUCACGAAUUGUGGUCAUUUAUAAUGUGAAAUAGGCCAGACGCGCAGGUAACAA